ACGAUGAGCUCCGAGAAGACACUUCUCGUCUCGAGCGCCGCUCGGCAAGAGCCUGUACUCGCCCACGCGCUCCAGCUGCCCGUUUUCGCCAAGCUCAAAGGGAAGCACAUCGUCCUCGCCUCGGCCUCGCCACGUCGGUCAGAGAUCCUCCGCACCCUCGGACUCGCGCCACGAAUCGUCCCCUCGACUUUCCCCGAGACGCUCAGCCACGCUGGAUACGACGACCCGGCAGAGUACGCGGCGGCGACAGGAUGCGCAAAGGCCGUCGAGGUGUACGAGCAGCUCGUGCGCGAGUCGCCCGACGACGCGCCCGACCUCGUAAUCGGCGCCGACACGGUCGUGAUCCUCCCCGGCCCUGAACCCACCAUCCUCGAGAAGCCGAUGAACAAGGACGACCAGCUCAAGAUGCUCGAGAGCUACCAGGACGCGGUGGUCGAGGUCGCUACGGGCGUGACGAUCGUCCAACCUCAGUUGUCGAUGCCGGGCUACUCGACGACGUCGCUCAUCGUCAAGACCAAGGUCCUCUUUGCCGACAACUCGCGCAGGCUCCUCAAGGCGUACGUCGACUGCGGCGAGGGCAUCGACCGAGCGGGCGGUUUCGCGAUUCAGGGCACGGGCGGCCUCCUCAUUCGCGCCAUCGAGGGAGACUACAACAACUGCGUCGGCUUUCCUGGACAGGCGUUCAUCGAGUGGCUCACCCAGCUCGACGACGAGGGCUCGCUUCUCUCGAUGUAGACGUUGGUCGUGCAACAGACACUCUGCCCUCUCAGCGCG